UUUACUUUACGAAUUACGGUCGUUAAGUGAACACGCGUCUUUGUCAACGCCAAACGCCAACUGGGAAUUUUUUGGAAAAUUCUUCAAAAGAAGUUUUUAUUGUAUAACUUUUGAAAGAAACAAAAAGAGCAAAAUGGGUAAAGAAGCUGAUCCCUUCAACUUCAUUAAGGAUUUCGCUGCUGGCGGUAUCUCCGCAGCUGUAUCCAAGACUGCCGUCGCCCCCAUUGAACGUGUCAAGUUGCUCUUGCAAGUACAACACAUUUCCAAACAAAUCAGUCCCGACAAGCAAUACAAAGGCAUGAUUGACUGCUUUGUCCGCAUUCCAAAAGAACAAGGUUUUGCUUCUUACUGGCGUGGUAACAUGGCUAACGUUAUCAGAUAUUUCCCAACCCAGGCUUUGAACUUUGCCUUCAAGGAUAAGUACAAGCAAGUUUUCUUGGGUGGUGUUGACAAGAACACUCAGUUCUGGCGUUACUUCAUGGGUAACUUGGCUUCCGGUGGUGCUGCUGGUGCAACUUCCCUUUGCUUCGUCUACCCAUUGGACUUUGCCCGUACUCGCUUGGCCGCUGAUACCGGCAAGGGUGGUCAACGUGAAUUCACCGGUCUUGGUAACUGCUUGGCCAAGAUCUUCAAAUCUGAUGGUCUUGUUGGUUUGUACCGUGGUUUCGGUGUAUCUGUACAAGGUAUCAUUAUCUACCGUGCUGCCUACUUCGGCUUCUACGAUACUGCUCGUGGUAUGUUGCCCGAUCCUAAGAACACCCCCAUCUACAUCAGCUGGGCUAUCGCUCAAGUUGUUACAACUGUUGCUGGUAUUGUAUCCUAUCCAUUCGAUACUGUCCGUCGUCGUAUGAUGAUGCAGUCUGGUCGCAAGGCUACCGAAAUCAUCUACAAGAACACAUUGCACUGCUGGGCCACCAUCGCCAAGCAAGAAGGUUCCGGUGCCUUCUUCAAGGGUGCCUUCUCCAACGUUCUCAGAGGUACUGGUGGUGCUUUCGUACUUGUGUUGUACGAUGAAAUCAAGAAGAUCUUGUAAAUUAAUUAAAUUACCAACUCUACCUACACCUACAGUUAAUAAACAUUUUAAUUUAAUUUUAAAUUUAUUUAAAUUUAAACACAAGCCCAUUGUAAUUUAAUUGAAUUAAUUUUUGCGCUAAACAAUGUGAGAACAACCACAACUAAAACACUAGGAAAAGCUAUAUCAUGCAGAUCUUUUAUCUUGUCAGAACAAAAGAAACAAGUGUUCUAUUUUCGAGUUAUCGACCGAAUUGUAUUGUUAAGUUCUUAAAUGUAUCGAAAAAAAAACACUGAACGGAAAAAACAAAUAAAAAAGCCAACAAAUAAAAAGAUAAAUUAAUUGAUAGCAAAGGACAGUUACAACAAACCAACAAACUACCAAUUCUUAGUACGUGUUCACCAGAAAUACAUCAACUAAGAUAUAAAACAAAAUAAAAAACUAUAUAAAAAUAGUAACAAA